AUGUCAUUGAGUGAUGGUGUUAAGGACAAGGUAGAGUGUAAUAUUAAGGUUGUUGCGAGAUUCAAAGGGCAGAUUGAUAACGAAAAGGGUGACGAUGUUAGAGAUCAAAUUAUAAUAGAGGAACCAGGGCUGAUAAAAUUUAAAGGGAAAGACGAUGCUGUUAAACGUGAAUUUGGAAUGGAUCAUAUAUUUAGUUCUGAUGUGGUUCAGGAGCAAUUGUACUUGGAUUCGCUGAAGCCUAUGUUUCAAGAUUUUAUAAAUGGUUACAAUUGUUCUACUUUAGUCUAUGGAAAAACAGGAUCAGGGAAGACGUAUACGUUGAGUGGUGAAGAAGAUUCAUUACUUCAUUCGGAAGCAUCAAGACUUUCUGUUGGUGUAAUUCCAAGGGUUUUGGAGGAAUUAUUUGAUCAUUUGUCUUGUAAUAAUAUUGAUCACGUGGUAAAAUGUUCCUAUGUGGAGAUUUAUAACGAAGAACUUAAAGAUCUACUGGUGGAUCAACAUAAUUCCCUUUUAUCAGCCUCGAUCAAGAAACUUCGAAUAGUAGAUAGUGGAUCUCCCAAUGUCAAAAAUGGAGCAAAUAGUAACUGUAACACAAGAGACAAUUCUCCAUUAACAAGUUCAAAAUCGAUACCCACCGCAAUAAUAAGAAAAAAAAUGGGUAGACAAUCUUUAACUGCAUUGAAACAGGCGAAUACAUUGAGUAUAUCAAGAUCAAACUCAUUCAAUGAAUACUCACCGCAGCGACAUAUCCAGGAGAAAACAGGAGCACCAUAUAUUCAAAAUUUAGAAGAAUUUCAUAUAACCAAUGCAAAAGAAGGCAUACAAUUAUUACACAGGGGUUUAAAAAAUAGGCAAAUUGCAUCAAGUAAAAAUCAGAAGUAUUCGUCAAGGGCAAGUACGAUAUUUACAAUUGUAUUAUAUAAAGAAGAAGAAGGAGAGAUAUUUAGGGUCUCAAAAUGGAAUUUUGUUGACCUGGCAGGUGCAGAACAUUCUCAUAAAAUUGAAGGUACCAAUCAAAGAUUCAAAGAUAUUAAUAUAAUAAAUCAGGGGAUCCAAAAUCUAAACAAAAUAGUUAAUUCUUUACAUGAAAAGGAAUCGGUGAUACCCUUCAAAGAUUCAAAGUUGACAUAUCUAAUAAAAGACACACUCGAAGGAAAUUCAAAAUCUAUUUUUAUUCUCACCUUAAGGUUUAAUAAGGAUUCUCUUGAUGAGAUGAUAGAAACAUUAGAAUUUGGAAAUAAAGUCAGGUCCUUAAAAUGUUAUCCAUUGUUAGGUCCAUCGAUUAACAAAGAAACUUUGAUUAAAAGCAUAUCAAAUGAACUUGCAAAGGUCAAGUCAGAUUUGUUGUCUACAAAAUCUAAAGAGGGUGUUUAUAUGAGCCACGAGCAUUACGAUGUUUUAACAAAGGAUUUGGAUAAACAUAAAGUUGAAAUUAUGGAUCUGAAAAAAGUAAUAGAUGAACUAAACGAACAAAGUACGACCCUCCGAAAAGAUAAAAGAGCAUUUGAAGAAGUCAAUGAAGUCCAAAGAAUUAAACUUCAAUCUAUGAGAGAUUCAGUAAGUAUGAUGUAUACAAAUAUUGAGAAACAGCAAAGGAGAGAACAUGAUCUUAUUAAUUCAACUGAUAAGCUAAAAGAAACUGUCAAUAAUAUGAAUGUUACCAUAGCUCGAUACACUGACAGAGAAUCUUCAGUUCAAACACAAAUGAAAACUCUUUUCAAUGAAGAGCUGUCAAAACUUAAAUCAAUGCUACUGAAAAACUUGCGCCAGUUUGAAAAAAAUGAGUUGAUAGACAACUUAGAAAUUGAAAAUAAUUUAAAUAAGGCACAUGAAGAAAUCAAACAGAUAUUGCAAAUUUCGGAGAAUGAGAUAGACUCCUUAUUUUUAGAUUGCAUUAAGAAGAUGUCAGAAGAAUCUCCAAAGUUAUUUUCAUCUUUUAUACAGGAUGUAUCACGAUUGGAAAAUUCUACUAGCGAAAACUACAAUAAUCUGGCAGAAUUAUUAUCCGAUGUAAGUGAGGAAUUUAAUAAUUUAAAGCAAUAUAUUAAUGAGAAAUUUUUUAAAAAUAAUCACGAAGAAUUGCUUAAAACUUAUGUUAAUAAAACCUAUCAUCAAGUUCAAAAAUCAUCCGAUGACUUUCUACUAAAAUUUAAUGAUUUACUGGAAUCAUAUUUAGAAGGAAAUAAAAGUGUUCUGUUACAGAAUAUAAAAUCAGCAACAUCUGAAGUCAUUGAAAAUGAAAUGAAUCAUUUUAUUCCUCAAAAGGAAAAAUGGGAAAAAUCUAUAGAGUUAAUUGAAAAAUCAAAACAUUCAAGUAAUGAAUUUAAAACAAAAAAUAGAGUGAUUGUUGGUAAGUUACAAGAUACUUUAAAGGGCACAUCCGAAUCAUUGUUUGAUACUCUUUCAGAAAUGAAAUCUAAAAUUAAUGAGUUACAGAAGGCGGCUAAUAUAAUCGAGAAUAAUGAAGUGGUUACUGAGGAGUUCAUAAGUAUUAUGAAAAAGAAUGGCAUAUUAAAGGACACACUCAAUAUAAAUAUGACGUCUACCGAGGAAUCGAUUGUUGCUUUCGAUAAAUUAGAUGAUUCUAUAAGGAAUGUCUUUAAGAAUGAAAUUGAUACAAAUAUUACUGGUUAUCAGUCGAUCUUAAAGGAAAUAUUUGAUCAACUUGAUCAGCAAAGAUUAACGCCAAAUAUGAGAAAUAGGAAAUCUCCUGUCAGGCAAAGUGUAUCACCUAGUAGAACAAGUCCCCAGAUACAAUCUCUUAUGAACUCGGAUCUUUUACAAUUCAAUGAAGCAAGAAGCUUUGCUGUAAAACAUUCUUUGGAUAAAGCCCAUGAUGAAGACAAGAUUGAUGAGGGAAGUAGUAAAAAGAGGGUCCAUCGUGCAUAA